GCCCCAGGUCCCGUCUCUCUGCCCUCGAUUGGUCUUCAGUGACUUCAUGAGCCCCCCCUCCGUUUACCUUACAUGGUCACACGUUGCCUUAAUGGACGCUUUCUUCCAAGAUCCCACGACUGCGCGGAGAGGAGUGAGGAGGGAGGGAGGGAGAUUGGGGAGGGGGAAGAGGAGCAGCGGCUGGAGAAGGAGGAGGGGAAAGAAAGGAGGGGGGGAGGACUACAAACUAGCAGGGAUGGGGUGGGGGGUGGGGAGGGAAGGGGGGGGAAGCGAUCGCGAGAGAAAAAAAAAUGCAACCUCCCAAAAUAAAGAGCAAAGAUUGCAUUAGGAGCGAACAGCAAUGCAGAAAUAGAUGGCAGCUUCGUGUCAGUGAGUUUGCAUCCCCCUUCCUGGUCCACGAGCUGGAGUGAUUAGAGCCCUGGAAGGGAAUUAUUGCAUUUACUACAGUGGAGAAGUACCCCUUUCCUGGCAGCCGUUUCCACUGUACAUGUUGGAUGCCUCUCUCCAUCCUCUUUCACUCUCUCUCCUCUCCUCUCCUCUCUCCCUUUCUCCUCCGCAUUGAUUUUUUUUAAGUGUGACUGAAACGAAACAAACCAAACCAAAAGGGACCCUGGAUUUAUGCCUUUUUUUGGGGGGGUGAGACAAACAAACAAAUAGACAAACAAACAAACAAAACUGUGGAAGGGGGAGGGUUUCUCCUCCUGCUUUGCCCAGCAGCAGCAGCAGCAUGGACGUGUUGGCUAGUUAUAGUAUAUUCCAGGAGCUGCAACUUGUCCACGACACCGGCUACUUCUCAGCUUUGCCAUCCCUGGAGGAGAACUGGCAGCAGACAUGCCUCGAAUUGGAACGCUACUUGCAGACAGAGCCCAGGAGGAUCUCAGAGACUUUUGGUGAGGACUUGGACUGCUUCCUUCAUGCCACUCCUCACCCAAGCAUUGAGGAAAGCUUCCGGCGCCUGGAUCCCCUCCUGCUCCCCAUGGAAGCCUCACCAUGUGAGAAAAGCUCUGCAGUGGACAUUCUGCUCUCCCGGGACAAGUUGCUAUCUGAGACCUGCCUCAGCCUGCAGCCACCCAGUUCCUCCUUAGAUAGCUACACAGCAGUCAACCAGGCCCAACUCAAUGCAGUAACCUCAUUAACGCCCCCCUCCUCCCCUGAGCUCAGCCGCCAUUUGGUCAAAACCUCACAGACUCUCUCAGCUGUAGAUGGCACAGUGACAUUGAAACUGGUGGCCAAGAAGGCUGCGCUCAGCUCAGUAAAGGUGGGAGGGGUGGCAGCCGCAGCAGCAGUGGCAUCAGCUGGGGCCAUAAAGAGUGGACAGAGUGACAGUGAACAAGGAGGAAUUGGGGCUGACGCAUCCCCUGAAAACAAGAAGAGGGUUCACCGUUGUCAGUUUAACGGGUGCCGGAAGGUUUAUACAAAAAGCUCCCACUUAAAGGCCCACCAGAGGACUCACACAGGUGAGAAGCCUUAUAAGUGUUCAUGGGAAGGGUGUGAGUGGCGUUUUGCACGAAGUGACGAGCUUACAAGGCACUACAGGAAACACACAGGUGCAAAGCCCUUUAAAUGCAACCACUGCGACAGGUGUUUUUCCAGGUCUGACCACCUUGCCCUCCAUAUGAAGAGACAUAUCUAAAUAACCUAAUGACCAGAGGAGCUCCAUGGCACCGGCUGUUGUCUAAAGGAAGACUCUUUAGACAGAGGGCUGGAAUUUGGUCAGAACUUGCUGCCUUGCGGAAGAGAGAGAAAGAGAGAGACAGAGAGAGUUCUCACAUAUAAACCUCUGUGUACACACACACAAACACACACACACGCACACACACGCACGCACACACACUCUGUCAUGCACUCAACUAUACUCGAGAUAUCUACGUUUGUUCUUUAUGCCUUGCCCUAGCCAGAUGGUAGAAGAUGAUGAAGAAACCAGGUGAACUCUCAGCAAGGCAGAAAGGCUGCUUACUUCAGCGCUAUCGGAAUUGCAUCCCGCUGUUGGCAAUGGAAUUCAAAGAAAAUGGAUGUGACUUCCCUGCAGGUGGACAGCAGCAGUAAGAGGGGCUUAUUUAACUUGCUUCUCAAUGCAACUUUAUAGGAGAAUACAUCAUCUUAAAGUUGCAUACUUGUAGCACUAACUUGUCGUCUUUUUAAAUGGUUGGGGGAAAAAAAUGACCUAGAAAACCAAAUCCCAGUUUGGUAGCCAAAAUUAACCUCUUGGUUCAUUUGUCCUUUGUGUCAGAAAAAUCCCAAUAUUCAAAGCGUCAGACUUCCUCACAGACCUUUUGAUCUGUUUUGGUUCUUCAUAGGACUGAGCUAUUGAGAUCUUUUCAAGUCCGUACCAAUGGCCUUAAUGGCAGUAGACUGUGGAAUGACACCUUACACUUUCUGGCCUGCGAUCGUGUAGACUUCGUGAAGGAGGAAUUUUCUUUUCUUACUUUUUGCACACCAUAUGCACUAGGGAUUCUGGAAACUUCUAGCAUGACUUCAAAGUGGCCAAGAGAAUAAAACCCUUGAAAAAAAAUCACAGUGUAUCCCUUUGGCCUCACCUUAUUGCCAUAGCUAGAUUUUUUCUUUUUAAUCUCUCUGAUUUUGCUAAUGAAAACUUGAAAAGCUUAUUUGGAAGCUUAAAUGUUUUAUCUUUUCUCCAUGGACUAAAACCUCUAGGACUAUCUCGUCACCUGGAUGCCCGAAUCUUGGAGUGGCCAAUCAGAUGUGACAUCACACUUCUUAUAUCCUCCUUGGGGCGUGCUGGCCUCAGCCCAUGGUGAUCAACAAAUUGUGUUGUGUGUUAUUGUUGCGACCCUACUAACCAGUUACAGCAUAGAUGUCUCUAGCCUCAAAGGGCAGCUGUGUCUUUAACCUAACUUUGGGUUAUGACCUGACAAAAAAAAAAAAGCCAAAAAUACCCCUCCGUCCAGGAGUGGGGGGGAAAACAAGGAUGCCUCCCAAGUCCAGAGGCUUCACACAGCAUCAGUCAAUCCUUCUUUCUCAUUUCCACUGAGAUCAUAUUAUCCUGCUUGUUCAGAAGGGAAGAAAGGUACACUUUAAGAAUCCAUUGUGGGAAUGAAGGGCUGGCAUUUAUGUAAAGUGUUGAGUUUUUCUGUCUAAGGGAGAGAAGUAUUGCUCAUUCCAGGCAUGGCUUGUGACUUAGAGCAUCCAGGACUAGCAGUGGCCCCCAAAAUUAUUCACCAAGCUAAAUCCUGCCCGUUGUUCAAUUUGACCUUUGGAGCUCAAAGGAGAUCUAGAUUCCUCACUUUUUCAUCACACACGUAAAAAUUGAUCUAUAUACCUGUAUCUCUAGCUGGUUGGCACUGGCCUCAACUCCAAAGACUGCCUUUAGGGCCAUUAAAUGGCCUAUGCAAGCAGGUGGGGUGGUCACUAGGACAGGUUGUAUAUUUUGUAUAUUCUUGGACCAUCCCUUCAAGACACAUCUAGAAAACAAAAAUGGCAUUUGGUCCACCAAUGGUCGCUGCUCCUUCAUACCAGCCGGCUACCCUCCUGCCCUCCUUUUUGACUGUUUUGACUCAUUGACUGUUAAAAUGUCACCCCAGACAUAUUUGGGAUGCAAAACUGAACUUUCUUUAAAAUAAUAAUAAUAAUAAUAAUUAAACAUAAACAACAUGAGUAGUCAUCAAGAUCUUUGGCACUUGAUUUUCCUCAGCUUUCUGUAACUUUUGAUUUCAUUGAGAUGUUGAAACUCCUCCACUGUGAGUAAAUGAGCCUCUUUAGCCAAAUGCUGUGGGCUUGCCAUUUGGAUGUUUGGGGUGGGAGGGUGGGGGAGAGGGAUUUUAAGGUCUGGCCCAUAGAAUUUCUUUGGAGACAUGGACCAAAACAAAGAAAAACUCUACAACAACAACAAAAAAAUCAACACAAUCAUGUAUACACAAACAUACACAUGCACAUACACACACAUACACACAUACACACACACACAGAAAUUCUACCCAUCUGCUGGAGGCAAUGAUAUAAACAUUAGUCGGAGGGUAUUUUUAAAGAAAAAAAAUUAAUUUUAUUCCAAAGAUGUAAAACUUAAACACAAGUUAGAAACAAUUCCUGGAGCACUGCUUGCUGACAAUCUUGUAGUUCUCUACUUCUACAUUUGAAUACUUUUUUGGCCAUUCCAUCUGGAGUUCCAUGGGAUUGCAUUUGAAUGUGUGGAGCAGCAUCCUUUCCGGGUGAUAGCUGGGUGUGUGAGUGUACUUGAACCUCAGCUGUAUUCCUCUGCAGCACAUCCAGCCAGUGCAUUAGAUGAAAAUGUAGACACCCUAGAAUCUCAUUUCUGUUUGCGGCCUUCAGCAUGAGUGCAUGGACACAUCACAUCACUCGGGGCAACAGGCCUUGGGCUGCCAACAUCCAUGAGGGUCCUCUCCUGAGCAAUAGCUGCUCUUGCCUCUUGAAAUGCUACUAUUAUUAAGGGUCUACAAGGCAACUUAAAUUUUAAACUGACAAUUCAAUGCAAGGCUCUUAAAAAAAUAACACCCAUAACUUUUUUUUUUAUAUAAAGAGUAAUCAUUAAUUAUUUACUUCCUAUCGUCAUUUGUGGACUUGUCAGGUUCUCAUUUAAAUGUGGCAGAACAAGGGCCCUUUGGUACUCAUCAGAAUGUCUGGAAUGUUUUGGUAAUUCCUCUAUCUUUCCUCGUACCAGUGAGACCCUUUGUUAAUUUGUUCCUGACCUUUCCCAGAGCUGGACUCAUUGAUAUUUGGUGGUGGCACUCUUACUCCUGAUUCAUUUGUUGGAACAUUAGAAUUGGUGAAGAACUUGAUAGUUGCUAUGUGUGUUACUUUACAGCUAUAUUACUUUAAGCUGAAGCAUCAGCUGUGAAUUAUAACCAGCCCCAAUUGGCACAGGAACUAGAUGCAAUUGUUUAGGAGAAACAAUUGAGUCAAAGUAUCCUCUGAAAAUGCCUUUCUUACCAGCUGGUAAGAAGGUACAAGGAUGAUUUGUAAGGGCCUAUUUGAGAAACCAAUCUUACACACACAUACAUGUACAUAUAUGUAGAACUGGUGCAUAUAGAUGCCUAUAUGUAUAUAUAUAUGUGUGUGUGUGUAUGUGUGUGUGUGUGUAUAAUGAGAGAGGUAAGAAAAUUAAGUAAGAUUAGGUGUUAAGAGUGGUAUUUUCCCAAUUGUUCCCUUUGGAACUACAAUCUCUUGACCUCCUUCAUUUAAAUUGGUAUCUUCUAACAUGUUGGGAAAUCCCAGCCAUGUAAGGAGAAUGCCAACAUGUUAUUUCAUGUAACAGACCUUUCAAAUAUAUUUUGCUCUGGGCUCACAAUUAACUUUGCAGAAUGGAAAAUAUUGUUGAUUUUUCUUUCUCUUCUGCUUAUGUGUCUUUUCUCCUUGCCACACAAAUAUAAUUCAAAGACAGGGUACCCCUAAAUCAUAAUGCUGCUCGUGGCUACCAGCCUCUCAGUUGUAUACAUAUCCCACAGAGCCUCCUGCCCCCUUGAUUGACUAAUUGUCACCGCCUAUUAGCCUGUUAGUGAAGGGUUUUAUGUCAAGAAAAAGAGAUAAUCUGAAUUCUAUGACAAAGAAGCAUCUUGUAAAAUAUUCCUGGACUCAGAAUGGAGCUCUUAUGAACUGGUUCUUUCCUUUUUUUUCCCCCUCCAAUGUGCUUUCCCCAGCAAAGAUCAUAACAAAUCUCCUUGAUUUCAUCACUUCUCCCUGAUUCUACUGGAGAUUACCCCCUCCACCCCCAUCUUCCACUCCCUCUCUACCAUCUCCCUGCUCUUUUGGAUGGCUUGAUUCUGAGGAGAUAAAAGCAAACUCAUAUGCAUGUUUAAUUGCACUGAUUCCUCUUUUAAAAAUUCCCUACAAGCCUAGAAGGCAGAGGAGAUUUUAAAAAGAAGGAUUUCACUUUGGCUCAGCUUCCAGGAUAGCCGUGUGGAUUUUUUUUUUUUUUGCACUGAAGGGAGGAAAUAAAUUGAACCUUGAGGUGUGUGUAUUCAAUAUAUUAAGACAUCAAUAUUACUAUGCCACUGCAACAAUUCUGUAGCUAAGCUCAAAAGAAGGUUAUUAAUCCAAUGCCAUUUAAUAAGACAUUUAAACAAGAGAACUACUUCUAAUGGCUCAAAUAUCUUUUUGAAAAUUUUUCCCCUCUGUGAAAGUCACUCCUUAAAAAUCCAUGGUAUGGGUAAUAUUUGCCAUUUCUAUUUUCCACUAUUUACCCUUGAGGGGGAAGGGGAAGAAGGCAGGAAAAAGGUAUAGGGAUGCGAAGCAUUUAAUUAUGCCACCAGGAAAAUCAGACACUUUAAAAAUAAAAUCUCUGUUCUGUGACAGCCAGCUUUUCUGGCUGUUAUCCUGCCCCCAGAUCUUUGCCAAAAUAAAAUAAAAUUUCAGAAAUUAGAAUCUGAUUGAAAUGCACUAGCUGAAGCUUUCCAGCUUGCAUUUCCCAGAAGUAACUGGCUGUCAUGCACAGGGGGUAGGAGAGCAAAUUCUGGGAGAUUGUUAUUCACUUAAAUACAUGUGGUGGGGUACCUUAUUUUCAACCUUAAAAUAUCUGUGAAUGGAGGCCAGAUUGAUCUCUUGGGUCCCUUUGCUGUCCUUCUGACAGCUAUGCGCAGGGGGCAAGAGAGCAAUUCUGGGAGGUUGUGAUUCACUAGGGUUGAUGCAGUGGGGCACCUUAUUUGAAAUCUUCUAAUACCUAGGAAUAGAGACUAGACUGGCCUCUUGGGGCCCUUCUCCAAGAGUCUUCAGGACCAGGAGAUGAGGAAGCAACAAAAAGUGUCAGAAUAAAGAACCACAACAUCACAACCUGCUUAGAAAUACCACAGGGCUAACAGCCUAAGGCUCCAGGGUUUUCUCUUGCUCUUCAAUACUCUCUCAAAUCUCCCUUGCUGGAAGAUCAUAGAAAAGCUAUCCUUGACUAUAUUCAUCCUUCAAAUCCUAAUACUGCUCUCUAGCUAUAGUCCAGGGGAAUCAGGUGUCCACAAACAGAGGAACCAUCUUAAGUCCUCAAUCCCCAACUAUCCCAAACUAGAGACUUUAUUGCUUUGGGGUUUUUUGCCCCCCCCCCCGCAUCCCCCUUUCCAAACAGGGCUUCUCCAUGACUGUGAGGGGAGAUGGAUGCAUUCUUUAUUGGGAUUAUGGGAUUAUUUUUACAAGUUUUUUCAACUGUAAGCUUGGAAAUCUUCAAUUUAUUUCACUCCAGCUUUUGUAUACUGCCAUAAAAUGAGCCCCACAUCAAAAUUCUGAGGGUGGUAUUCACACACACACACACACAAACACACACACAAACACAAAUGUGUGUGCGGUACCUUCACCGAAGGAAAUCAGUCGGGCUGCGAAUAUUAUAAGUGGAAUAGCCACCAGUGCCUAUUAUCUUCCUUGGAGGGAAAGAAUGCUUACAGUUGCCAGUAUAUUAAAAUUAGUCAACGCUGGGAGGAGAACACAAUGAGGGGACAUUUGAACUGUGAGGCCUUUGGGCUCCAGGUAGAAUAAUCGCAUAGACCCAGGAAGGCUUUCUGGCUUAUGGACUGGUUCUUGACUUGGAUUUAUUUUUUCUAGCAUGCAUUUGCUAUCUGAAUACAGGCUCAAUCUAGAGUUUUAUUUUUUUCCUUUAAGUUUGCAUUUGUAUUUCAUGACCAAGAAGGGGUCAAAACAAAACAACAACCACUUACUAUCACCCAGAUCUCCCCUAUCAACACUUAAGGCAAAAUAAAUGUUUAGUGGUUUUCCUAUACCGUUCCUCUUCACCACCAAAUCUACCCCCAGAGUUCCUUUCUCACUCUCACACUCUUCCACGCACAAACUUAUUUGCUUUUCAAUUGCAUCUGAUCCUCCUUUUCUUUUUUUGAAAAAAAGAUACUGCUUGAAAAAAUUUGUUUUUUGCACUAUGUCAUUUCUUUUGCCAGAUGUGUCUAACAAGUGUGUUUGGAGAGACCCACCCCUCAACCCCACAGUCACAUUCUCUCAGGCCUUCUCUGGUAUUUAUAAUAUAUCACAGAAGUACCCAGUCUUAUAGCCCUCAGUUCUGCCUUUUUUUGACAUUUUAUUUUUUUUAAGCUUUUUAUAUAUAUAUAUAAAUAUAUUACUUUGUCAAGUUUUUUUGCUGUACAAAAGUCUUAAGAUUUAAAAAUAUUAUUUGUAUUAUAUGAUGGUGGUAUGUUAAUGUUACAAAAUUAUUAAUGAAGAAAAAAAUUUAUUUUUGUUACUGGUCUGUUUCAUAAUUCUUUUUUAAAUUGGUAUAUUGUAAGAUAUCUAUGCAAAAAAUGUUAUGUGACGCAUUUUUAUUUAAGAAUGUAAUAUGUGUAAUAAACAGUAGAAUGUGUUUGGCCUGGGAA